AUCUUGUUGGCACUCCCACUAGUCAUCCCCCUCCCCAUAGCUUGUUAUCUGCAUCUGCAUCACUGGAGCCGAUCACUCAGCAUCAAUCAAUCAAUAAUCUUGACGUGAAUCCUUCGUCAAACAAAAGUCUCUCCCCUCCCCACCCAAUCAUCGGCCCGUCCAAUCCACUUCAACCCAGCCAAGCCCAAACAAGGGGAAUUCCCACUGAGGCCAGCUUGCCUUUGCUCUUUGCCUCCAAGAAAUCGGGAACUUGCACCGCACCGCACCCACCGCACGCUUCUCUCUCUUUCCCAGCUCCACUACGUCGAAUGGAUGCAUCAUUCCAACGCCGGCGACCCAGUUCCAGUCCCUCCUUUAUCUUCCCCUUCCCCUUCUGCUUCUCCUUCCCUUAGUCCUUCCCUUCAUGUCCCCCCUGCGGACCCUUCCUCUCCAUUUCGUUCGGAUCGACCGCGGCUUUCCUCAGAGGUGGAACUUCAACAUUUAGCAUGCAGCACCGCCAACCGUGGACCUUUUAAUAAUAAACUAGACCCUCGUUACACAGACCACUCCUCCUCCGAUCAUCAUCCCGGGGAUCCCGCUCUUCUCUCCUCCGACCACGACGAGUCAGACACAGACUCGCACGAAACUCACGACGAACCUCUCCUUUCCCAACUCGCCUCCCGCCGUGGCCGUGCCCAGAUGAAGCGUAAAGGCCGCACGGUCACCAAACGUCGCUCGAAGCCAUCGCUGACCAUCUCGACGGGCCAGAACGGCUACGCGAGCGAGAGCAUGGAUUCCUCCAUCGAGAUGCGCAAGAGGGAAACCUCCAUUGAGUCUUCUGCGGGCCGGGCCAACCGUCUCAUGGCGCGUCCCAGCUUCAGCCUCGACCACGAUCCCCCCAUGACCCCGCAAACCCCCGCCAUGACGACCACCUCGUUUGCCAACCUUCCCGCGAGCGACCGGAGAAACUUCAUGCUGCUGUGUGUGCUCUACUUCCUCCAGGGGAUCCCCAUGGGCCUGGCUACGGGGUCGGUGCCCUUCCUGCUGAAGCCCUACCUCUCGUACGGCCAGAUCGGCAUCUUCUCGCUCGCCUCCUACCCCUACUCGCUCAAAUUGCUGUGGAGUCCGAUCGUGGAUGCCAUCUGGAGCCGCCGGUUUGGGCGGCGGAAGAGCUGGAUCACACCGGUGCAGGUCAUCGCGGGGCUGGCCAUGAUCUACCUGGGCGGGCGCAUCGACGAGAUGAUGGAGGCGGCGGGCGCCAACGGCGGCGCGGGCGUGUGGAAGUUCACCUACUGGUGGUUCCUGCUGGUGUUCUUCUGCGCCACGCAGGACAUCGCCGUGGACGGCUGGGCCAUCACGCUCAUGUCGCCGCCCAACAUCUCCUACGCGUCGACGGCGCAGACGGUCGGCCUGACCGCGGGCCACUUUCUGUCGUACACGGUGUUCCUGGCCUUCAACUCCGAGGACUUUGCCAACCGGUGGUUCCGCAGCGCUCCGGCCUCCGGGGGUCUGCUGUCGCUGGGCUCGUACCUGGUCUUCUGGGGGUGGGCCUACAUCGUGGUGACCACGCUGCUGGCCCUGAUGAAGAAGGAGGACCGGACGCACGAGCGCGACAGCAUCAGCGAUGUCUAUCGGAGCAUGUGGAGCGUGCUGAAGCUCAAGAACAUCCACACGAUCAUCUUGGUGCAUCUGAUCGCCAAGAUCGGCUUCCAGGCCAACGACGGCGUGACCAGCUUGAAGCUGCUGGACAAGGGCUUCGGCCAGGACAACAUGGCGCUGGUCGUGCUGAUCGACUUUCCUUUCGAGAUCGGGCUGGGCUACUAUGCGGGCAAGUGGUCGACCGAGUACACGCCGAUGCGCCUGUGGUGCUGGGCGUUUAUGGGCCGGCUGGCGGCGGCCGUGCUGGCGCAGGUGACGGUGAUGAUCUUCCCGGCGGGCGACGCCGUGCCGUUCUGGUACCUGUUGACAGUGAUCGGCGAGCACAUCUUCUCGACGUUCAUGAACACGGUCAUGUUUGUGGCGGUGUCGGCCUUCCAUGCGCGCAUCGCCGACCCGAGCAUCGGGGGCACCUACAUGACAAUGUUGGCCACGGUGUCGAAUCUGGGCGGUACGUUCCCGCGGUACUUUAUCCUCAAGCUGGUGGACAUGUUCACGGAGGCGACCUGUGUGCCGCCGACGGUGGCGCCGAGCGCCGAGGCUCUCAAGGGCGAGCUGGUCACACAGGCCUUUUCUUGUGCGCUGGAGCCCGACCGCAACCGGUGUGUGCACGGGGGUGGCACCUGCAACGUGAUCCACGACGGCUACUACACGACGAAUAUCCUGUGCGUGGUGAUCGGGGUGGUGACGUUCGUGUUCUUCAUCAAGCCGGCGGUGCUGAAGUUGCAGGGGUUGCCUCUGCGGGCAUGGCGGUUAGGGCCGGGGCGGCAGUAGAGGAGUGUGGUGUGUACUAGGUAGAUAGGAGAUGAGAUAUGUAUUAAUAGAAUAAGGGUUGAGUUGUCGGUGACUCCGUCCAGGGUACCUACCAGGGUUGGUGAGGUGAAACAGGCUG